GACACACUAACAGAUGGAUAUGUUUAAGCAUUUUGAUUAAACAAAUACAAUGAUUUCAGUGAUGUUUCUGCUUUGUCUUGUGCCAGGAAGAUAAAAUGGAAUAUAGGAGGGACUAAUAUUUGAAGCUAUUUGUCUUCAUCUCCUGCUGGGGUGUGCAGUGUAUUAUGGGACUGCGGUACAUUAAAACACUUGGAGGAUCGUGAUUUACACAGGGUGGAGAGGAGCAUGUCAUGGCUUCCCCCAGCAUUCUCCUGUCAGACGUGCAGUUUCGGUGUUGCAUCUGUCAGGAUGUUUUUUGUGAACCAGUCUCCAUCCCCUGUGGUCACAGCUUCUGCUUCACCUGCAUCACAUCGCACUGGGACAAUAGCGUCGCCAUCAGCUGUCCCAAAUGUCACACGGUGUUUGAGGGCCACCCAGAGCUUUGUGAAAAUUAUUUCGCCAAGGAAAUGUCAGAGCAGAUCCGAGGAAGGAGGCAGAAUGGCACAAUGUCGACGGCAGGAAAAACCAUAUAUUGUGAUGUGUGCAUCGGGAAGCAAAUGGAGGCCUUGAAGUCCUGCCUUGUGUGUCUGACCUCGUACUGUGAGAGUCACCUGGAGCCUCACCUGAGAGUCAGCACCCUGAAGAUUCACAAGCUGAUUGAACCUAUCGCGAUGCUGGAAGACAGAAUGUGUAAAAGGCACCAAAGGCUCCUGGAGCUGUACUGCAGGAGCGACCAGAGGUGUGUGUGUGUGCUGUGCACCGAGACGGACCACCGGUGUCACAACACCGUCCCAGUGGAGCGAGAGAGUCAGGAAAGGAAGGCUCAGGUGAAAAGGAUGGAGGUCGAUGUUCAGCAGAUGAUCCAGGACAGGCUGCAGAAAGUUGAGGAAAUCAAACACUCUGUGGAGCUCAGCAAAGAAAACUCAAAGAGGGACAUUAAGGAAAGCAUGGAGGUCUUCUCCAUUCUGUUACAGUCCAUGAAGAGAAGUCAGGCUGAGCUGGUGGACGUGAUCCAGAAGAAGCAGGCAGCAGCAGAACAGAGGGCAGAGAGGCUCAUCACACAGCUGGAGCUGGAAAUUACUGAACUGGAGAGGAGGAGAAGUGAGAUGGAGCAGCUUUCUCACUCCGAGGACCACCUCCAUCUUCUACAGAGGUUUCCAGCUCUGACUUCCCCUCCAUCUGCCAAACCCUGCUCUGACAUCAUCAUAUACUCAGACACAUGUUUGGGGACUGUAAGGAGAGCGAUGGCCAAGGCUGAAGAGCAGCUCCAGUUGGCUUUGAAAAAGCUUUCAAUUCAAGAGCAUGAGAAGAUUCAGCAGUAUGCAGCUGAUGUUCAUCUGGACCUCAGGACAUGCAACCCUUGGCUGGUCCUAUCAGAGGAUGGGAGACAGGUCUGGGAUGGAGAUGUUGAACAGAACCUCGUGGACAUUUCAGAGCGUUUUGACACAGCACCAUGUGUCCUCGCCACUAAGGGUUUCACCACAGGGAGGCACUACUGGGAGGUGGACGUGGGAGACAAGACAGCGUGGGAUUUGGGUGUAGCUCAGCAGUCUGUCAACAGGAAAGGUGUGGUGACACUGUGCCCAGAGGAAGGCUACUGGACUGUUUGUCUGAGGAAGGGCAGUGAGUACCGAGCAUGUGCAGGACAGGCAGAGCUGCUGUGUCUCUCUCAGAAGCCGCAGGUUGUUGGGGUGUUUCUGGAUUAUGAGGAUGGAACUGUGUCCUUUUAUGAUGCAGAGGCUCAGUCACAUAUCUAUUCCUUUACACAUGUCCAAUUCACUGAGGCCAUGUUUCCCUUUUUUAACCCAGAGAUGAGCGACAGCGGCAACAACAAAUCACCACUUAUCAUCCGCCCUGUCAGUGGAGUCAAUGGAGGCGGGGAUUUAGAUGAUAUUACAAUAUGAUGAAUAACCUCUAACUUACCUCUAACUUGAGUAAGACACAGUACUUGUCCACCUCAGUCACUUUUACAUACCACCUAACCAGCAGGUGACUGGAUUGUUUGUUUAUUAGUACAGAUUAAGGAUUUAAACCUGUUAAUUGUAGUCGUGUUAUGUUGUUGUGGAAUGGUGCCACAGAGAUCUUGAAGAAAGCAUGAGAAAAUGUAGUUUUUCUUUGGUUAGUUUGUUUGUUUUUGUAUUUUAUUUGAUUAAUUUUUGUGUCUCUCACCACUUCCCUAGACUGCACUUGGUCAUUCUCUGGUUCUGGUCAACCCAGGAAGUACUUUUUGCAGUUGAGUUUUGAUCAGUCAGACCACAGUGACUGUCUACAGUGACUGUCUGUUGCCAGGGUCCAAACUGGGAUAGGGCAUAUCAUUUAGCAAAGUUGAUUUCUCAUUUGCUCCCUUUAAUUUUUCUUCAAUAUGGAAGUAACCACUUAUUUUUUCAUUUUCAAUUUGCACUGUAAAUACACUGCACUAUUCCACUACUGUAAGGUAAAAAAGGAGGAAAUAAAGAGCAUGGACUGUGGAACAGUUUAAAGGCUCCUCCUCUUGCCUUCACUCCUCAACCUACCUUACUUCUGUUGUCUGUCUCAUCUUAAACACUUGAGGUUUUUGCUUCACGACUGUAAAACACUGUUUUCUGAAAUAUUUUGUACACAGACACAAUUCAUCACCAUUUGAUGUUUCAGUUACAACAAUAACUACUCGCACACAUGGAUUGUACAUAUCCUAUUUCUAACCUGCCAUCACUCCUCAAUAAACCUUAAACCUUUG